UGGAUCAUCAUCCAGUCUAUAUAUCUCAUAAUUAUGUUAGAGGCAACAGGGUUAUCGAUCUUACCUCCCUUUACUUCAUUAAAGAAGGUCAACCACUGCUCCAGCUACUUCCAUCCCUGUGCAUCGUCUAGGAAGCGACUAGCAAAGAAGGAAGGAAGAGGGAUGGGGAAUUGCCAGGCGUCGGAGGUGGCCACGGUGGUUAUUCAGCACCCUGGAGGGAAGGCAGAGAGGCUCUAUUGGCCGACGACCGCAGCGGACGUGAUGAGGAGCAACCCGGGCUACUACGUGGCCCUGGUCACGCUCUAUGUCUCGGAGGAGAAGGACGGCGGCGCCGUCCGGUUCACCCGUGCACGGUUGCUGAAGGCCAAGGACAUGCUCUUGCUCGGGCAGGUUUACCGGCUAAUCGCCUCACAAGAGAUUACAAAGGCUGUGAGGCAAAGAAAGCAUGCGAUGCUUAAGAAAAGUCAAGAGGAAUUGAUCAGAAAGCAGCAGCAGCAACAAGAGCAGAGACACGGGAAAAUUGAGAAACAACAAGAGGAGGAUUCAGAAAAUUCACUUCAGGUGGCGAGGCAGGGCAGGGAUAGGCAGAGGAGCAGCGCGCAGAUGGCGGCGAGAGGCCGGCAUUGGCGACCGUCGCUGCGGAGCAUCUCAGAGACAGGAUCCAAGAAGGUAGAUCUGAUCUGAGGCUCUUGUAGAUGUGGCUUUAGUGUGCUGAUGGAGUGAAUGGUUGUGAAAGAUUGUUUCAUGUAAAAUUGAAAGUUGGGAGUGUUAUUGUAGGAGACUGCUCAGCCAGAGUCGUUGUAAAUAUGAGACUAUAUAUUGAAAUCACAGUCCAUGAUGUAAUUGCCAAAA